AUGGCCAAGAAAUAUGAGGAAGUUGCUAUAGGAAUUGAUCUUGGCACAACCUACUCAUGUGUUGGAGUGUGGCAAGAACAAAACGACCGUGUUGAAAUAAUUCACAAUGAUCAAGGAAAAUAUAGUGAUUCUGUUAUUCAAAAUGAUAUUCUACUGUGGCCCUUUAAGGUAAUUGCCGGGGAUAAUGACAAACCAAUGAUCCUUGUGAACUAUCAGGGUAAGGAAAAACAACUUGUUGCUGAGGAAAUAUCAGCCAUGAUUCUCACACAGAUGCGAGAGAUUGCCGGAGCAUUUUUGGAAUCACCUGUUAAGAAUGCAGUGAUUACCGUACCUGCUUAUUUUAAUGAUUCGCAGCGAAGAGCCACCAAAGACGCGGGUAAUAUUGCUGGCCUCAACGUAAUGCGGAUAAUUAAUGAACCAAUUGCGGCGGCUCUAGCAUAUGGCCUUCAAAAGAGGGCUAAUUGUGUUGAAGAGAGAAAUAUUUUCAUCUUUGAUCUUGGUGGUGGAACGUUUGAUGUGUCUCUCCUUACUAUUAAGAAUAAUGUCUUUGAAGUCAAGGCGACUGCCGGUGACACUCAUCUUGGAGGAGAAGACUUUGAUAAUCGAAUGGUGAAUCACUUUGUGAAGGAGUUUAAGAGGAAGAACAAAGUUGACAUUAGUGGGAACUCAAAAGCCUUGAGGAGAUUAAGAACUGCGUGCGAGAGGGCAAAAAGAACACUUUCGUACGAUACUGAUGCAACAAUUGACAUAGAUGUUAUAUGUGAGGGUAUUGAUUUCUGUUCAUCAAUUACUCGGGCCAAGUUUGAGCAACUGAAUAUGGACCUCUUUGAAAAGUGUAUGGAGACCGUUGAAAGUUGUCUUGCUGAUGCUAAGAUGGACAAGUGUAGGGUUGAUGACAUUGUCCUGGUUGGUGGCUCUUCUAGGAUUCCCAAAGUGAAACAGUUGUUGCAGGACUUUUUCAAGGGAAAUGAAUUAUGCAAGAGCAUUAAUCCUGACGAGGCUGUUGCUUAUGGUGCAGCUGUCCAGGCUGCUUUAUUGAGUGAUGGUGUUAAGAGUGUUCCAGGCAUAGUAUUGCGAGAUGUUACCCCGCUGUCGCUUGGUGUAGCAAUUGAAGGAGAUCUCAUGGAUGUUGUGAUUCCUAGGAAUACUUCCAUUCCUGUCAGAAAGACAAACACAUACUAUACAGUGGAAGAUAACCAAUCCAGUGUCAUGGUUGAGGUGUACGAGGGUGAGAGAAUAAGAGCCAGCGAUAACAACUUGCUUGGUUUGUUUGAUUUCUCUGUUCCUCCUGCUCCUCAAAGUAGCUUUCCUAUCAAAGAAUGCUUUUCUAUAGAUGAAGAUGGUAUAUUAAAUGUGUCGGCAGAGGAAGAAACAAGUGGCAACAAGAAAGAUAUUACAAUAACCAAUAAAAAUGGAAGACUCUCAAGGGAAGAAAUUGAGAGAAUGAUUCAAGAAGCUGAAUUUUUCAAAGCUCAAGACAUGAAGUUCAAAAAGAAAGUUAAAGCAAUAAAUGCGUUGGACGAUUAUCUCUACACCGUGAGGAAAGUAAUGAAGGAUGAUUGUGUUAGUUCCAAGCUCAACCCUGUUGACAAAGUGAAGAUCAAUUCUGCAAUAAUAAAGGGAAAAACUUUGAUUGAUGGCAACCACGAGGAAGAUACGUCUGUGUUUGUAGACCUUCUGAAGGAACUUGAGAGCAUUUUUGAAUCUGCUAUGAACAAAGUCAACAAAGGUUACUCAGACGAGGAAAGUGAUUAGGAUUCCUAAUGAUGCUUCAUCAUGUAUAAUG